AUGACGAGGGGUGCUAGUGGAGCCCGCUGGAACGGGGAGGCGGGAAAGUCUUUCGCUACGGACGGCAAGAUCGGUGUUUGGAAGGAACUCACUCUCAUGCUGCUUGAUGCAUGUUGUAUCUCUGGAAUCGCAGCUGCUGUGAAAGACUGUCUGCCCCUAGCCGCGGCAAGGGUGCAAGCGAAAGCCGUGACGAUGGGAAUCGUCGACACUGCCUGCCAGCUCCUGUUUGCGGAACACUGCCUUCGAGUCUCCGCCUUUCUGGAAGACCCGGAGGCCGUACCUCUCUACGAGGCCAACAACGUUGACACUGUCCAGGAGAAGCUGUGGAGGGCCGGCGGCUUCGCUGUGGAAGGUGCGCGUCGGGCCGCGCCCUUGCUGUCGCUGCCCUGGGCUCUGGGGGUGCGCGCGGUGGAUGUGGUCUGGAACUACGGCCAGUACGGCUUGUUGGGCUUUCUUUUGCGUGAAGAGAUCAUGCAGGGCAUCAAGACCCUGCUGAGCCUCAGCUCUGCCCUGCAAGACAUUCCUCCGAAGGACCUGGUUGUAGGGAUCCUCUACUUGAGCGCGGAGCAAAGAAAAGCUCUACGAGAUGCUCCGGAGGAAAAUCGGCGACUUGCCAGUCAAGUGGGAAAGCCCGUGCCGCCUGACUUGCUGCAAGCGCUCAUCAGCAUGGCAUUGAUAGGAACCUACGCACCCUACCACGAGACUCCUUUUGAGGUGCAGCGUUUCGCCUUGCAACAGAACUGGCGCCUGGUGACGGAACGGCUUUGUGAAAGUUGGAAGCACAAGCCGGCUUGGGCUCUCUUCAUAAGCUGCGAGCAUCGAACCGCUGCCCUCUGCAUUCGUGGCACCGACGUGGAGCAGUCGCGCGGAGGCGACCUCUUCACCGACUUCGACGCCGUGCCGGCGAAGUACGAGACCUCCGACGGCUGUGCUACGCUCGUUGCCCACAGCGGCAUCCUGGCAGCUGCGCUGGCUCUGGAAUCCGAGCUCCGCCCUACCUUGCGCACAUUGGCCACCUCGGGCUACCGCCUGAUUCUGACUGGACACAGCUUGGGCGGCGCCGUCGCCGCCCUUCUGACCUGGCUGCUGCGGCACGGGACGGGCGGAGAGCGACUUCCGUCGGGAUUUGAGGGCCAAGCGUUUGGCAUCGGCUACUCGACGCCGUCAGUUGUGGACAGGAAGACUGCAGAGGAGAUGAAGCCUUUCUUCACUUCGGUGGUUAACUCGAUGGACGUCGUACCCCGCCUAAGCAAUGGGACGCUGAUGCAGCUCAGCUCAGAGAUUCGAGCUUGUGCUGAAGAGAGUGGAGCCGCCCUGGAUGAAGAUGUCCAGCACUACGUGGAGCGACUGACGACAGUUUGGGCUCCUCGCUUCCGGGAUGGCACGCCGCUGCGGGAUCCGAACCCGAGGCCCCAUGAAAGAGGCCAUUCGGGCUCACAAGGGUGCGCGGAGCGCGACCAGGAAGUGUGGAACCCUGAGACCUCAGAGAACGUGGAGGGUGUGAUGCAGGAUCUGUAUGUUCCUGGCAAUGUCGUUUGGAUCCACCGCGUCUGUGGACAUCUCGAAGCGGCGCUGGUUCCAUGCGGGAUCAAACCGCUUCGGAGACUUGUUCUUGACAAGCGCAUGUUUGCAGACCAUGCGUCUCAGUCACUUUACCAGGCGCUGCUCGCGGCGCAAUCCAGACAACCUUCGUGCAGUGAUGUCACGUGGCAGAGAUUUGCAGAUGCCGGGGAGAGGUGUCCUUGCUGUGGAAGCCGCUACGAAUGGAUGAACACAGCUCGUAGCGGCAAAAUGCGAUGCCAUGCGAUGACGAACUGCAGAAAGUGCGGUUUGGUUGUGUGCCUUGGCUGUGCGAACACGCGACGCUCCAUCCCGGAGUUGUGCCUGGAGUCAGCCCGAGUGUGCGACCGAUGUGCCUGGCGCUGUGACGACAAAUCGUUGCAAGCGUUGCCUGCCAUCUUCCAAUCCUUGGCAGCGCAAAACACGCAGUCGUAA